CUUCCUAGUGGUUCCCAAACUUUUUUAAAAUAUGCAGUGUGCCUUUUGUAAAGAAGUUGUUAGUGACAGCGCCCAGUGUGCGAGUUGUCGUGAAGAAAUAGGCUUUUGCUGUGCUCAAAUUACGGAGGCGGGAUAUAGAAAGCUUGGAGUGGACCGCAGAUCAGCAUGGAAAUGUCUCAAGUGCAGAAGAGAUGCAUCCCCGGCCCAGGGGAAAGCAACGAAUAUAAGUGAGCCAUCACAGGGCCAUAGUUUGCCAUCGAAGGUGAACGUGCCGGCGCGGGCUAAACCCGCUGACAGGAAGGAGGCAUCACCUGGUCCAGCCAAAACAACUGACCUGGACACCAUCAUGAAGCAACUGAAAAGCAUGGAAGAACAUCUCGCCUGCCUGCCUGGACUGGUUCGAGAUGUUGGAACCCUUAAAACUGAAUUGGCCGAGGUCAAAAACUCCUGUACCUUUGCCAGUGCGAAGUUGGAUGAGUUUUCCGGUCGUCUGGUUGAGGUGGAGAGUAAAAUUCCAAAACUAGAAGAUGUUGAUGGCAAAAUCCAGGUGCAAAACAAAGAGAUACUACUGAUGAAGGAAGAACGUGCACUUAUUAACCAGCAGAUGCGUCUUAAUAAUAUUGAAAUAAAAGGGGUCCCACUAAAGAAGAACGAAAAUCUUUUCUCAAUCAUGAUGAAUAUAUGCACCGCUGUGAACUUUAGUGUGGACAAGAGUGAUAUCAACCACAUAUCCAGAGUUCCUAUUCACAACUCCAGUGACAAAUUGAUUAUUGUGAGCUUUAUUAAUCGUUAUAUUAAAGAAGAUUUAGUAGCGGCAGUCAGACUUAAAAAGACCCUCACGGCAGAGGAAAUUGGCUUCCAGGGAAAUACUCAGAGAGUGUACGUAAAUGACCACCUGACACCCGAUAAUAAGAAACUUUUGUCACUUGUCAAAUCGUCACUAAAACAGAAAGGCUACCUCUACGUGUGGGUCAGAUACUCUAAAAUUCAUGCUCGGAAGGACGACAGUUCCAAAGUGCAUAUAAUUAAUAAUGAACGAGAUUUAAACAAAUUGCUAUAAAUUGGUGUAUUUUCAAUUUAUCGUUUAAUUAUGUCUUCUGCUUUGCAGUUUUGCUUUUGUUAUUAUUGUUUAAUAUUAGCAUUAAGUGAAUUUGCUUAAGUUUGACGACCGCUGACCGGCCCGCCUGGGCAGUCUUUUGUUUGCCGCUCCGUCUUAUCGCUAACUGCAAUAGCCACCUUUUGUUUACACCACGCUCACUGAACACUGCUUAUCUCUUUUUUUCGCAUUCGUUAAGUAUUGGGUUUAAUUAUUUAUUCUUUCGCACCUAUUACACCUACCUUAUGGAUUAUUAUAACUGUAUUAUAACUAUUGACUGGCGUGUACUUCGCAUUUUAUUCAUAAGUAAUUUACCGUUGUCAUUGUAUUGGAGGAUGCAGUAUUAUAGUUACUUUAAUUUUUACUCAACUUUAGUUAUAAAAUCAAUCUCAAAUGGGUAGUACAUCAAUAGAUAAUUAAUAAUCAAACGAACUUACCUGUGAAGUUUGAUUACAAUUAUGCGAGUAUCCAAAUCCAAGACAACAAAUAUAAUUUACUAGCAGCAGUACACGUUAUCGUGCAGUCCAAGUCACACAUUUUAGAGAUUAUAGUAUUUAAAAAACAAGUUCGCGCUGUCCCUCUCACUCGCUACGCUGCGUUCCUGCUUCGACAUCGCUCCUCCAGUACUCAUUAUUUCAGAGUUAUUUUUGUGUUAUUAACAGAGACUAUUUUAUUUUCAUUUUUGGGGAUGGGGGGCGGGUCUUUGUUGUCUUGGAUUUGGAUACUCGCAUAAUUGUAAUCAAACUUCACAGGUAAGUUCGUUUGAUUAUUAAUUAUACUUCGUAUCCAAAUCCAAGACAACAAAUAUAAUUUACUAGCAGAUGUUCAGAGCUUUGUAUUUAAAUUCAAAUCCUGAAUGCGAAAAUAAAAUAAAAUAUCGAUAUCAAAUCAGUAUGUUACGAACAUACUGAUAUUAUUGAUUUUGACUAAAGAGAACAACGUACCACCUAGAAGUUAUUAAUUUAUAUCCAAUUUAAAUAAUUAUUUAUGUAUCUACAUAGUAUAAAUGUAAAAUGUAUGUAUAGCAUAAUAAAAUAUUAUAAUGAUAAGCGUCAUGCAUUAAGGAGUGAAAUUGCUCUUGGUAUUUCAUUUCGUUAAU